CUCCGGGGUGUCACCAGUUCCUGCAGUGUCCUCAAAGAGCAGGUGACAGCUGAAUGCAUUACUUGUGAACCUGGAGCGACCUCAGCCCACACGCCGACCGAGAGAAAGAUUGACAAAGACCAGAAGUUUUCUGUAGAAAACGCCGAGGACAGAACCAAACAAGUUUUCCACCCUCGGAGAGGACACCCGAAGUACUAGUUCUUUGUAGAACCAGUGUUGAAGAAUCAACACUCGCCGUAUUUUCACAAAAUGGAGAUUUUCAUGUUUGUUCUGCUGUUAUCACUGAUGUCACAGAAUGCGGCUUCUUUGGGAACAGCUUCACAAGGGAAACGUGAUUUGGCGGUUGAGGACAUGGGAGACUAUCUCAAAACUUGUCAGCAGCAGCCGGUAGAGUUUGCCUUCGUGAUUGACUCCAGUUCCAGCAUCCAUCCCUCAGACUUCCGCAAGGGCCAGAAUUUCUUGAUCGACUUCCUCAGCGGCUACGACAUCGGACCUGGAAAGGUGAGAGUGGCUGCAGUGACUUUCGGCCAAGGUGUUUACAAGGAAAAUUCAUUUAACCUCAACACGUACCAGGACAAGGAGAGUGUCCUGGAAGCCGUGCGCAAAAUGCCGCACAGGGCGGGCUCCACCACAGACACCUUCGACGCCAUCAAGUACAUGAGGGAGAAGCAGAUGGUCGUGACGCGCCCGGGCGUGCCCAAGGUGUGCAUCGUGGUGACGGACGGCGAGUCGCGAAACACCACGCGGACUGCCUAUGAGGCCGAGCAGGCUCGCUCACGGGGCAUCACCAUGUACGCUGUGGGCGUGGGCCCUAAGGUCAAUGACCUCGAGCUUCGCAACAUCGCCGGCGACGAGACCCGAGUCCUGAAGGCCAACAACUACGACGCCCUGCUGGACCUUAAGGACUUGUUGGCCUUCAAGACGUGCGUCAUUGAAGAGAAAACAACUCAACCACCCAUGACGCAACCCUGCAGUGUAAAACAUCCGAGCGACAUCAACUUCAUCUUCAGCCCGGCGGCCCUGGGUAUUGAUGCCACCGGCUGGGUCACCCAGUUCAUCUCCCACACCAUCACCAACGAGGAGCUGGAGAGUGGUUUUCAGUAUGGCAUGGUCUGUGGAUCGUGUCCAGCCGAUGCUGGCUUCCCUCUGAACGAGUACUCCAACGUGGCAGACAUCCGAGCCCGCCUUGACAGCUUCGACCGCAACAACCUACCCAACCUCAUUUCCCGGGCUACUGCUUUGGGGUACUCAACCCAAAAUGGCGGCCGUCCCAACGCUUCAAAAGUAGCAGUCGUAUUCCUGGGCAAAUCCAAGGUGGACCAGCGGCAACUUGUCGAGAACUUGCGAGAGAUGGUGCAGGGAGGGGUGAAGGUAUUUGUGUCACGCACCGACCCCGGCAUCCCCGCCUCCCUGCCAGCUGGGGUUCGUGUCCUCGACGAGGGCUCGUCGUUCAGUCAGGCCACUGAGUUUGUCAACCUGCUCUGCAAUCCAGAAGAGAGUUAAGCACCUUGAUUGCCUUCAGCGUUGGUCAUCGUGAGCAGGUCAUCGUGGUCUUCUAUCGGUAGCUGUCGUGCAGCUCUUGGGAUUGUCUCAGGGAAAAGCCUUAUGGAGAAAACAGCUACAAGUAUAUUGCUUCAUAUGCAGCUCAAGAAAAACUGCAAAAAAAAAAAAAUUGUACUUUUGAUGUAAACUUUUUUUUUCUUGUGCUGUUGUCAAAGAAAUUAAAAAGAUGUACAGUCACGUG